AUGGCAGCCCAGAGCAGAAGCAGUGUCUACGCCUCAGCCCCCUUUAAGUUCAUCGUCGAAGGCGAGCCCCUCUAUAUCCACUCUGAUCUCGUCUCUCUCCACUCUAAGCCUCUGGACCGUAUGAUUCAUGCUCCGAUGGCAGAAGCUCAAAAGGGUUUCGCCACUCUAGAGGAUGUUGAUGAGGGUACCUUUGUUCGAUUCAUCGAAUGGGCUCACAAAGGGUAUUACACCGCCGCCGAGUUCACGACUGAUGAGGCUCGGUCAUCACGCACAUCUGGGAAUCAGAAUCACGAUGAAGUUGUCCCUACAACCCAGGAGGCUGACUUUCCAGGAGAGACGAUCAGACUUGCAUCCGAGGAGAACUUUGACUUUGCACCGGUCAUCGAAGCGGAACCGGAGCCGGAACCGAUGUCCUGGGAUGCUCCACUGGCGUCAUCCUACAAGAAAGGAAAGAAGGUGAAAAAAGUAAUCCAUUUUGACCGGUUAGAUCAGAAAGGGGGGCUCAAAGAGUCCUUUAUCAGCCGCAGAUACACCGUCCGCCAAAGUGCUGUUGAAAUUCCUCCUCCUCGCCCCAACCACCAUCCAGAGGAGGAUUAUACAGAUGUGUUCCUCUCACACGUGCAGCUUUACGUCUUCGCUGAUGCGUACGAUAUCCAACCGCUCAGAGUCUUAGCCUUGGAAGAGCUUCAUGCAACACUAGCCAUCCAUACUCUGUACCCCGAGCGUACUGGAGACAUCAUUGCGCUUCUGCGAUAUGUCUACGCCAACACCCGCAAACUGAGAGAGGGCGUGGAGGACGUCCGGAACUUGGUGACGCAGUAUGUGGGCUACGAGAUGGGUAUGCUGAUUAGGGAUCCCGCAUUUGGAGACCUCAUAAUCAAGGAUGGAGGAGACCUUUUGGGCGAUAUCUUGAGAAUGGUUGGCCAGAGAACCUCAUGA